UCCUCAAAAUGCUGCCUCGUUCGCCGUUGCCGUCGUCCAACGAUCGCCCCGUCGGAGCAUGGGAUCCAUUUUCUAGGGUUCGAUGCCGAUUCUCCUGUUCGGAUUGAUAUUGGUCAAUUUUUGCUUAGUUCCACCUUAUUAUUCCCAGGAGCUUUAUUUUUUCGCCCGUUCGUGGCCUUCGCGAUGCGUCCAUUCGAUUUCCCUUCCACGUUAAUCUGAAAGGGGCUUCCUUCUCUCGCUUGAGAAUAUGGAAGAAGCCGACGAGGAUAAGCUUUUGCUGAGUAGUUUGGGCAUUUCAUCGGCUAAUCCUGAAGACAUCGAACGGGAAAUUCUCUCACAGGCAAAAUGUGUUGCCAAUUAUGUCAGUGAGCCUGAUGAAAGUUCUCUACAACACAAGCCUGAUGAUGAAACUUCAUUAUCAACUUCACGAACUAGACUUUGCAAUAAAUUACGGGCAAUUGAAGUUGAAAUUGAUGCAGUAGCUUCUAGCAUUGAUAGGAUUAAAUGCAUUACAGAUGAUGGAAAUGACACUUGUGAUCAAAAUGGUGAUGGUGGUGACAGAGUUGAGGAGAGUGCUGUAAAUGAUGUUCAAUGUUCCAAUGACUUGAGUUUGGAACAGGCUCUUGUGUCAGAUCGUUUAAGAAGCCUCAAGAAGGCAAAGGCACAACUGGAAAAGGAAAUCUCUUCAUUUGGUGAUUGUGCUUUUGAUGAUAUCGAGCAUGAAAAACAGACUGACGAGCUGCUUGGAGAGUUAGUUAGAGAAAAUCAAAAGAAAAAGAAAACAAUUGAACUGUCAACUAGGCCUUCACAACGAUCUCUAAAGGCUGUUUCUUAUGAUGAAGAUGUUGAUUUUGAUGCCGUCCUUGAUGCAUCAUCUUCUGGGUUUAUGGAAACUGAGAGGGAUAAAUUGGUUCGAAAGGGUAUAUUGACCCCUUUUCACAAGCUUAAAGGAUUUGAACGUCGUGUUCAACAUCCAGGAACCUCAACUGAGCAAGAUGCCUCUGCGGAAUGCUCAGUUGAAAAUCUUGCAUUGACCAGCAUUGCAAAAGCUGCGGAGUCAAUGUCCCAGAUUGCUUCAACUCGCCCAACAACUAAAUUACUUGAUGCUGAUGCUUUACCUGCACUUGAACCACCUACAGUUCCUUUUCAAAGGCUUAGAGCACCUCUAAAACACCCACGGUCUUUAACAGAGGUAUUGGAUAAGAAAAAAAGAAACCUCAAACGGCUAAAACGGCCUAAACCUGACAAGAAAUGGAGAAAACAAGAUUUAUCAAAGCAGAAGUUAUGGAGUGGAUGUGCUUCAAAUGGAGAUGCAACUUCUGAUUAUGAGGGUGAGAUGCAAGUUGAGGCAGAAAGUAUGGAUGAAUCAUGUGUUGUCCUUGAAGGAGGCUUAAAAAUUCCUGGUGCUAUUUUCUCAAAACUUUUUGACUACCAGAAAGUGGGAGUUCAAUGGUUGUGGGAAUUACAUUGCCAAAGAGCUGGAGGCAUUAUAGGAGAUGAGAUGGGCCUGGGAAAAACUAUCCAGGUCAUAUCAUUUCUUGCUUCUCUUCAUUAUAGUAAAUUGUAUAAACCGAGUGUUGUUGUUUGCCCUGUAACCCUUCUUAGACAAUGGCAAAGGGAGGUUCAGAAAUGGUACCCUGAUUUUGAAGUUGAGAUACUUCAUGUUUCUGCACACUUUCCUAGUGAACAGAAAACAUCUAAAUCUAGCGAAAGUGAUUAUGAUAGUGAAUCUUCGAUAGGCAGUGACAAUGAAAAACCUCGUAUUGCAAAACCAACAAAAAGAUGGGAAGACAUGAUUGACCGGAUUGUGAGAUCAGAAUCAGGUUUGCUUCUAACUACAUAUGAACAAUUACGCAUUAUGGGCAGGAAGUUGCUCGACAUAGAAUGGGGAUAUUCCAUUUUGGAUGAGGGCCACCGAAUAAGAAAUCCAAAUGCUGAAAUAACUUUAAUUUGCAAACAACUACAAACUGUGCAUCGCAUAAUCAUGACUGGUGCACCAAUUCAGAACAAACUAGCAGAACUGUGGUCUCUUUAUGAUUUUGUGUUCCCUGGAAAACUAGGUGUUCUACCUGUUUUUGAGACGGAGUUUGCAGUUCCAAUUACAGUGGGUGGAUAUGCUAAUGCCACACCACUGCAAGUAUCAACUGCAUAUAGAUGUGCAGUUGUUCUCCGUGAUUUGAUCAUGCCGUACCUUCUAAGGCGUAUGAAAGCUGAUGUGAAUGCUCACCUUCCAAAGAAAACAGAGCAUGUCCUUUUCUGCAGCCUCACACAAGAGCAACGUUCUGUUUAUCGAGCAUUUCUUGCUAGUUCUGAGGUGGAGCAAAUUUUUGAUGGAAGAAGAAACUCAUUGUAUGGAAUAGAUAUUAUGCGAAAAAUCUGCAAUCAUCCUGAUUUAUUAGAAAGAGAACAUGCUACUGGCAAUCCAGAUUAUGGGAAUAUAGAACGUAGUGGAAAGAUGAAAGUCGUUUCACAAGUUCUUAAGGUCUGGAAGGAACAAGGGCAUCGGGUUCUUCUUUUUACACAAACACAACAAAUGCUAGACAUUUUCGAGAACUUUCUAGCUGCAAAUGGUUAUAGCUAUCGCAGAAUGGAUGGGCUUACCCCUAUAAAGCAAAGGAUGUCACUUAUAGAUGAAUUUAAUAACUCUGAGGAGGUCUUCAUCUUCAUUUUAACUACUAAAGUUGGUGGCUUGGGGACAAAUUUAACAGGUGCUGAUAGGGUCAUCAUAUAUGAUCCUGAUUGGAAUCCUUCAACCGAUAUGCAGGCAAGAGAAAGAGCUUGGCGAAUAGGACAAACCCGCGAUGUAACAGUUUAUAGAUUAAUUACUCGUGGAACUAUAGAGGAGAAAGUAUAUCAUAGGCAGAUUUACAAACAUUUUCUUACCAACAAGAUUCUGAAGAAUCCUCAACAAAGACGUUUCUUUAAAGCCAGAGACAUGAAGGAUCUAUUUACCUUGCAAGAUGAUCAACAGGGGAAUUCUACUGAGACGUCAAAUAUUUUCAGUCAGUUAUCAGAAGAAGUAAAUUUAGGAGGUGACAUUAGCAACCAUGGAAAACAAGAAUCUCCCUCGGUUGGUGAAGAAGAGAACACUAACCAAAAUAAAGGUCGUAUUGAUGGGGAAACAAGUAUAUUGAGGAAUCUUUUGGAUGCUAAUGGUAUUCAUAGCGCAGUGAACCAUGAUGCCAUUAUGAAUGCCAGUGAUGAUGCUAAGAUGAAGCUGGAGGAGCAAGCUUCCCAAGUAGCACAGAGGGCAGCUCAAGCCUUGCGGGAGUCCCGGAUGCUUCGGGCCAGGGAAAGUUUUGCUGUUCCAACAUGGACUGGAAGAUCUGGUGCUGCUGGAGCACCAUCAUCUGCCCGGAGCCGGUUUGGCUCUACUUUUAACACACAAUUGCUGAGUCCAACAAAACCUACGGAAGCAUCUACUAGCCGACCAAAUGGUUUCUCAGCUGGAGCUAUGGCUGGCAAGGCACUAUCAUCAGCUGAACUGUUAGCUAAGAUCCAGGGAACUCAAGAAAGAGCCAUCACUGAUGCACUUGAACAAGAUUUGGAUUUGGCAUCUUCUUCCAGUCACCAAAGAAGAAAUCCAGAAAGCAGUCAGUUGACAAAGCAUUCCAACAGACUGAUGAUAGUGCAGCCCGAGGUGAUGAUCAGGCAGCUCUGCACAUUUAUUCAGCAGCGAGGUGGGCAGAGCGAUUCUGCCAGCAUAACACAACACUUCAAAGACAGAAUACAGUCAAAAGAUUUGCCUCUCUUCAAAAAUCUUCUCAAAGAGAUUGCCACUCUAGAAAAAGUUUCUGGUGUCUCAAGAUGGGUUUUGAAACCAGAAUACCGGUAGUAGCAGCCAGAAAUUCAGCUUUAUUCGAUCACCGAACACUGUGAAGCGUCCCUUUUUAUUUUCAUUUUUUAUUUUUGUUACUAGAUGAGAAAGCAUGAGCUAGGAAAUGAGUUUGUACAUGAUAAAAGUAGCAGUUGCUUUGCGAUUUUGAGUUGCAAAAUUCAACUUCUCAAGACCUGGUAAAAGCUACAGAAUGAAAAGCUUGUAGUGUAUGCAUUAGAGUCACGAGCAAUGUGCUCAUUUUUGGAA